AUGUGGCGCACUAGUCUAGUGGUUAUUCCUGUAUUGUUAACAGGCCAAUCCAUCUUUCAUUUCUUGCAUACGUACAAGGGCGCUUGGUUACCUUUCUCUCCACCACACUGCGGACACCACACCACACAUAUCCCACAUCUUCAUGGUUACGGUCAUGGAAAGCGAAACACCGAAAGGAUUCGCGCUCUGCAGAUUUCUCGGAACGCGGAUCUAGUCCAUCCCACCCUCCCUCUGGCCGAGGCGUUCAUAAAUGAUGCCGUAGAUGGCGACCAGGCUGCCCGAUAUCUGCUGGAAACAUACUCCGAGGACGGGCUCAAGGUUGGCUUUCCUCGAUUCUUGAAUGACUGCAAUAAGUAA